ACAGCCUCUGCCUCAGUAUUCCGUAAGACAGUGCGGGGGUAGGACGCACGCCGCCUCGCCUCCAUCACUCUUGCUCAACAUAGGCCAGCUUCCCCUCACUCCACAUCCGCCUCUUGAACCCCUCCUUCUUCUCCUCUUCCUCCUCCUCCUGCUCCCUCUCCUCCUCCUCCUCCUCCCUCUCUUCAAUACUCAUUCGCCUCCCACAUCUAUUUCCUCUCCUUAUCCUCCACCGUCUCCUCUUCUUCCUCUUCCUCCACAUCCUCCUGAUCUGAAAAGGAAGAUAUCAGUCCUGCUUCCCCUGUGACUGAACCCCCAUCUGUGUGUGUGUGUGUGUGUGUGUGUGUGUGUGUGUGACGGAUGCUGAUGUCACAGUUGCAACACAUGUUUUGAGAGUGUUGUUUUCUGAGAGAGAGAGAGAGAGAGAGAGAGAGAGAGAGAGAGAGAGAGAGAGAGAGAGAGAGAGAGAGAGAGAGAGAGAGAGAGAGAGAGAGAGAGAGAGAGAGAGGCGAGGGGGCGUGCUUGUAAUAGGAGAAAAACAACAAGAACACAGCAUCGUGCAUCCCUUAAUAGUGCCGGUAGACUUGUUUGAGGGGCCUGGAUGGUACUCGGCCCCAGCGCCCCAGGCCCCAGGCGCCAUCUUCUCUUGGCUCAUGCUGCCCCCCGGAACUCGUUCUUGAUUCACUUGGACGGUUUCCUCUAGAGUCCGGGUUGAUGGGUGGUCUUCAGGACAGCAUGUGGGUAGUUUUAAGCCACUCGGCGGUGACUGAAAAAUCCGAGGUGGUAGCGUGGGGAUUCGAACUCGCGUCGUCCAUCACGUGCUGAAUGUGGGGCCAGCACGCUACCACUCAGCCACCGCCUACCCAAAGGUUGCUGCGCGUUGCUGUUUCUCCUCUCCACGUCCUUGUGGCAUAAGUGUUGAGGGUGCGGGGUGACACUGGAGGGUAGAAGUGACGCGCAUUGGAGUCCACGCCCACCACGAUGGACUCGAGCACGUGCCUGGAGCUUGCCCUGGAGGGAGAGAGACUGUGCAAGGCUGGGGACUGCCGGGCUGGAGUGGCGUUCUUCGAGGCAGCCAUCCAGACAGGCACCGAUGACCUCAGGACGCUCUCGGCCAUCUACUCCCAGCUGGGCAAUGCUUACUUCUACCUCGGGGAGUACGACAAGGCGAUGGACUACCACAAGCUGGACCUGACUGUGGCGAGGACAAUGGGUGACCGUCUGGGUGUGGCCAAGGCGUCAGGCAACCUUGGCAACACUCUGAAGGUGAUGGGCAAGUUCAAGGAGGCCAUCUGCUGCUGUGAGCGACACCUGUCCAUAUCUCAGGAGCUGGAGGACAAGGUUGGAGAAGGGCGGGCACUGUACAACCUGGGUAAUGUGUACCAUGCACAAGGGAAGCAUCUUGGGCGUAUUGGGCCCCAGGAGCCGGGCGGGUUCAGCGAUGAAGUGAAGCACUGCCUACAGAAAGCAGUUGAAUACUAUGCAGCCAACUUGCGCCUGAUGGAGGAGCUGAAUGACCGCUCAGCUCAGGGCCGGGCGUGUGGCAAUCUUGGUAACACCCACUACCUACUUGGCAACUUCACACAGGCUAUCAGCUAUCACAGUGAGCGGUUAGCCAUAGCAAAGGAGUUUGGGGACAAGGCUGCAGAAAGGAGAGCGCACAGCAAUCUUGGAAAUGCCCACAUAUUCCUGGGAGAGUUUGAGACGGCUGCUGAGCACUACAAGAAAACCCUUCAACUGGCGCAGGAGCUUGGAGACCGUGCAGUGGAGGCCCAGGCGUGCUACUCCCUGGGCAACACCUACACCCUUCUGCGGGAGUUCCCUAUGGCCAUCCAGUACCACUUGCGCCACCUUGCCAUCGCCGAGGAGCUCAAGGACAAGGUCGGGGAGGGCCGAGCCUGCUGGAGCCUUGGCAAUGCAUACUCAGCCACCAACAACAAUGAGAAAGCACUACAUUAUGCUACGAGGCAUCUUGAAAUAUCCAAAGAGAUCGGUGACAAGACUGGCCAGGCUGCGGCACAGAUGAACCUGAGUGACAUCCGCAAGGUGCUUGGGCUCCCCCCGGCUCCCAUCGACCAGGAAUCAGCUGAGGAUGCCAAGGCAAGAGCCAGGAGGAAGUCUAUGGAAAAUAUGGACCUCCUGAAGAUGACCCCCGAUGCCAAGGGUGUCCUCCGAAAAUACCAGAGUGAAGAUGCUGGCAUUGGCUUUCACUCCCCAGAGGAUGCCCGCCACCCUGUUAACGGCCCCACCUCCUACACCUCUAGUUCUCAUGCCGAUAAAAAUCAGUCUGUCAAUGAGGAGUCCAGCAUGGAUGACGACAGUUUCUUCGAGCUGUUGUCAAGGUUCCAGAGCAAGCGGAUGGACGACCAGCGCUGCACACUCUCCAUUGACGGCAACAAAGAGAACCAUCCCCAGCAGCAGCAGAAGGAUGGGCCGCCACCACCUCCCUCUGUGGCCACUGCUACUGCCACCCAGACCAGGGACCAUGGUGGCUCCCUGACCUCCACUGGCUCCACCAAUGGCACCACAACUCCCUCUGAUAGUGGUGCAAACAAUUGCGGAGUGCUGGAGGAAUUGAUGGAGAGCAUUGCCGGGAUGCAGAGCCGCAGAAUGGAUGAGCAGAGAGCCUCCCUCCCUCAGCUGCCCGGCCUCAACAACCAGCAGGUCAUACUUCAGCGACUUUCGGUGGCAGGAAGUGACACGACACCGCUCCCGGAUGACAACUUCUUUGACAUGCUGAUGAGAUGUCAGGGUUCCCGUAUUGAGGACCAGAGGAGCUCCCUGCCUAAUGAGAGUCCUCUCACUCACUCCGCCCCAACCGUCCCAGAUGAUGACUUCUUCUCCCUCAUCAUGCGCUUCCAGUCAGGGCGCCUUGAGGACCAGCGCUCCACCAUGCCUCUUGAGGCCGCUGCCAGAAGCACGUCCCACCGCCGCACCACAGACGAGGAGGAGCCGCCAGUGCCGCCGCCCACCUCCACCCACCCACCGGCCUCCAAGGAUGGUCUGGUCAGCCGACUAGUGAAGGGCAGGAAAUGAGCUUGCGUGCUGGGAACUAAGAGAUGUUUUAUUGAUCUUAUUUUCUUAACUCGGGCCCUCAGAUUUUAUGCCAGAGUCAGUCUUCUCUGGUGCAGAUCUUCCAUGUAUGAAAUUUAUUUGGAAUUGCUGUUAUUUCUCAUUGUUGAAGACCUCUUGCUCCUCCUCAUCAAGGCUGUUCACUUAAAAUAUCUUUGCUUUAGGAGGGGGUCACAAAAGAACAAUUUUUCAGUAUGUUUUCUCUCAUCAAUCAUAAUUAAGCAGUGGUGUAACUGACUUUUAACAAGUGAAAAAUACCUCAUUACAUUUGUUUUAAAAAAGGAUCAUAACAUCUAUUUCUUGAACAUGUUUUCCUAUCAAUAAUUAAGAUACCCUAAUGAUUCCAUGGUAUGACUGGCUUUAAAAGAUGUGAAAUAUAACUCCUAUCCUUUUGUUGCAAGACAUUUGAUGAAGGAGAACCUCUCAUGGCAUUUGCUUGACUGCCUGAAGAACUUGUAUAGUCAUGGUAGUUACAUCAGGAGUCCCGAGAAGGGCUGCUGGAAGGUAACAGUUCCUCCCUCCAUGCAUUGAUGGUGUAUAUGGUGACAGUCUGAUUUAUGGCAGUCCGUGAGUGUUCGAUAGGCUGCGAGGGCUGUCAAGGAGGGUGGGGUACUGAAACAAACAAAUGGUAAGUUGCUUUUAAUUGCUCCAUCAGGGAGUUACUCUUAAAAGUUCAUUAAUUUAGAUACUUAAUAGUUAUUCUCAAAACAGUGUAUAGAAUCUUAAGAUUUUUUUUAUAUUACUUUUAUAUUUUUGUGAAAGAGAUAUUGCAAAGAGAAUAUUAUGUACAUUAGUUGUAUAUUGUGUAUAAAGCGGUGUGUACUUUUAAUGUGAGUCACUGAAGAAGUGUCAAGAGCGAUGCAUACACAGAAAGGACUAACUGCAUCUCUAGUACAUUACCUGGAAAACUGUUCCCAUUUAUUUUAUUGAACAAAGGCGGAACUACUGCAUCAACUACACCUCCAGCAAAUGUAGCUCCAAAACAAAUCAGCUGCACCUCUAUGGAAGAUAUUCAGAGGAACAAAACAAACUAGAAAGCAAUCCCUGGGGUGAUGUACAGUAGUGUAAUGAUUAUCUCCUGUACCAUAUCAAGAGGGCUAGAGGGCUUCACAGGCCCAUGUGUCACUAGGGAGCCCAUAAAUCCUUCUCACUAUCAGUAGGAUGGGUCUCAUGAUCUCAGCUACUCCUGAUAUGGUGAGGCCUCCCGGGCCUACCCAAGGACAGUGAUCUGAGGGACACAUUUGUUCUGUGAAGACUCAAGCACCACAUCAUAUCUGUGUACAUGUGCUUUCCUCGUCAUACCUGUAUGCAUGCCACCAGUUGGUCUUGUGCUUACUGUCACGUUCUAGCCAGUUGCUUGAGGGGCCGUCCCCUUCCUGCCCAACUGAUCACUUUCCCUUCUUUUGUGCAUGUAUGCCAGAGUUUUCACUUUUCCAGUGGGGUGUCACCUGCGUGCCCAAAGUAUCCCUUCCUCAGGUGCAAACACUCCGACCACAUUUUCCUUGUCUUCAGUGUGUUCAACAGCUGCUUCUUCCAAGACUUGUUCCUCCUGACUCCUUGUGAGUAAUAUUAGUAUUAUUGGCAAAAGGCCUCAAACAUGUAUAAUGCUAAUAUUAUUUAAGUCAGCUCAUUACUCAAAUAGUCCACUAUGUACACAGUUUAUGCUAAUGGAUGGAAUAACGUCAGGUUUGCCUCCUGCUGACACAAAGGCCGUAGCCUCGGCACAGGUCUGCAGGAUGCAGGCAUUGCUACAGUACAUAAGUUGACCAUAGACAGGAAAACCAGGCUGUGAUUGUAAUUAAGAACAGUAAAAGAUAAUGCCUCGUGAAGAGGGAAGCUGUCUGGCCACUUUCAAGUGGUAGCAAAGGUUUCCAAGUCACCCCUGGAUCCUCCAAGUGAACGUAACUGCCGCCAGAACAAUGUAUAGCUAAUACAGCAUGAGAGUUUGUCAAGUGAUUGACCAUUGACUGCUGUGACAAUCACAUGAAAACAGUAAUCAGUCCUCUUCAUUUCGAGUUUCAGAAAGUUUAGGUGAAGGCUUUUGAGAUAGUUUACUUACCUGACUGUUUAAACAUUUAUCCUGUCUAGUGACCCUCUACAUCCUCUCUCCACUCACUCACAGGGUGGCAGUGAUGGCAUUCCUCCUGUAAGGUGACCGGAUUUUCAGCUGCAUACUCCUAACUUUCCUACAUAGCCUGUUGUCUCAAGACAUUCUGAAAAUAUCUCAGCUUUUAUUAAAAAAAUUUCUUUAUUAAAAAAAUUUUUAGUGAGUUACUGUUGUCUUAUUUUAGUUAUUACAUAAUAUGCCAAAUUAUAUUUGCAUAUAAGAACAUAAUAACGUAGGAGUCUGUAAGAGGCCGGUAGGCCUGUACGAGGCAGCUCCUUCGAACCUAAGCUCCCGUGAAUCUAACCCCACCUAAUAUCGCUGUCCAUGAAUUUAUCUAAUCUAUUUUUGAAUGUGACAAUUGUAUUGGCAUUCACCACAUGACUGCUAAGCCUAUUCCACACAUCCACCACUCUGUUAGUAAACCAAUUUUUCCCUAUGUCCCUGUUGAAUCAGAAUUUAUCCAGUUCAAACCCAUUACUUCGUGUCCUACCCGGUCCUCUUACCAACAAAACUUUGUGACAUCCUUUUGCAUGGCCUUCUAAUCAGUGAUAAUGUCCCUGACUCCUGUCUCUUGCAAACUCUCCAUAAUGGAGUAGCUGUAACUAAAGUCCCAGUCUGUGCCUUCCAUGCAUGCAGUUCAUUUGUCUACUGUUCUUUCAGUGGAGCUUCAAAUUUAACCAUGCAAAAAUAUUAUUACAUUGACUACUUUCAUUUCAAGUAAAGAUUCUUCAAAAUCCUAGACGUAGGAAGUAUAUGAGACCUGUGCAAGCAUGAGAUGGAAAGGGAGAACUCUGGAAUCACUAUAUACUGGCAUGGAAGAAGCUUGUAAGAUGAAUGAACAGCAAAGAAGGAAGCAGAAUUGUUCUGCAUCUUUUUUUUAAUUUCAGGACCAUUUCCUGUCUCAAGUUAUCAGUGAAUUGUGGAACAUUGUGUUGAGGAUGUUGAGGUCAUAACCAGAGACAGGUGAGGAAAAGAGGGAAUGUGUCUUAAUUUUAUAAACCAUUGACAAAAACUUUCCUACUGUCACUUUACGCUCUUGUAUCUUCAGGCUCAGCACCCCCAGACUGCACACGUGGGAAGUGGAGAAAUCAUUGAUGAUUGUAAUGAUGAGUGUUAUUGUCAUUAUUAUUAUGAGUACUAGUAGCUGUAAUAAUGGUAGUAGUAGUAGUAUAGUAAAACCAUUUUCACCAGACCAUUUUGGUGUUGGUCACUGGGGGCCAGCCCCGCCCCACUGUGCUGUCACAUCUAGGUCUCAUAUUAUCAGAUUAGAGUCUAGGUGUAAAGUCUCUCUCUCUCUCUCUCUCUCUCUCUCUCUCUCUCUGAGGUUAUAAGAAACUUUUAUAGUUUCUGUGUAUAUUUAUUUUUAUAAAAAGGGUCGUUUUCAAAAAUUCCACGUAAUCAACAAAAUGAAAAAUUGAGGAAUACGUGGAUCAGCUGUCAGCCGUGAGGCGCAGGGCGAGGGGGAGAGUGACAGCCCGGGCAGCUUCCAUCCUGGGCGUGACCUUGAGGGAAGUGACCUGGGUCAGACCCUCAACACACUGGAAGUGUUAUGGUGGUACUCAUACAAAAUCAUUGUUAUCCUAAAAAACGAAACAAUCUUAACACUGUAUGGCCUUAUUGGAUUAUCAUAUCAUUAAUUAUAUUCACUUAGUAGUAGUAAAUAGCUGACACAUGAGAGGAAGAGAAAGGUGUUGGGACUGUGUGGCAGAGUGGUGGGGCAGAGCUGACCCACAGUGGUCAAUACCAAAAUGGUCUGAUAAAAAUAGUUUUUCUAUUGUAGUAGUAGUAAUAGUAAUAUAUAGUAUUUGUAGUAGUAGUAGUUACUUUUAUUAUUUAUUAUUAUUAUUAUUAAUGAAGUCCCACUCAAGGAAAUCUGGUCACCUUACCCUUUCAUUGGUCUCCAGUCUGACUCUCUUUGUUAAGAAUUUCAUUGAAGAAAAUAGGUAGAUCUUUUUAUUAAUUUUACUUUAUUACUUAUAUGAACUAUAGAUAUAUCAUGAUGAUGUUUACUAAAAGCUAGGUAAGGACAGAGUAUUUUGAAGGCAGGACCAAAUAGAGAAUAUUGCCUGUGUGGAUGAAGCCUUGCCAUUCUUUGUAAAGUUUGGCACUGUGCUUUGUGAGUCUUUAUCCAAGGCAGGGCACCAACCAGUCUGCCCUCAGCCACCCGGUCCUGAUGAGGUGAGGAGGGUGGUGCAUAUCGUCACCUUCGUAAACAAAGCGCCUAAGUCAAUAUUUUCUACUUUACAGGAAAUCAGAAAAGAACUGUCAUCAUCUCAUUUGGUUUAAGGUUUAGGCAGAAAUGAAAAGGCCAAUUCUAGAACACUCAAGCCCUGAAUGAUGAAGGCAACUAUACAAAAAUUGGCAUUACAUGUUGAAAAAUUGAUGUAGACAAAAACCUGGAUAUCGCUGAAAAAUAACAUAGGCAAUUAUUUUAUGAGGGUGACGAUAUACUUGCUGAGAAUCUCCAAGAAACCAUUAUUUUUUACUUCAUCAUUACUUUUUAUAUCUUUAUAUAGAUUUAGUCAGUAAUGUGAGAUUCAGAGAUGCCACAGCAGAGAUUUGUUUUGGAUCAAGAAUGGUAAUGAUAUCUUGGUUUAUAAAUAUCAUGUAAUAUUUUUAUCAUCAUUGUUUUUCAAGGCAAUGUGCAUAAUCGACUUUUAACUACAUACAUGCUUCACUGUCCUGUGUUUUAGCAUGUAAGCAUACAGUCCAGCCAGUUCUCAGAUAGUGUCCUUUACUAAGUGUUGCCCAGUGAAGCGCUGUAGUGUGUGCCUGUGGUAACAGUGCAGUGAGCUGGUCAUCCUCACCAGUGCUCUCUAAAGGCUAGUUUGGAGUCUUCCUCAUGUCUGUAAAGCACAACAUGUGUAGGUGGACAGACUUGAAGGAAUGUUUCUGUUCUGAUGACAGGGACAAGCCCACACACCUUUUGAAGAGAGCCAUUGAAUUCUAAGGAUUACAUUUUGUGGAUUUUCAGUAUGAAUGCAAAGUUCUACAUACAGUUACCUUUAUCUGUAAAUUAUGUGCUAGUUUUAUAGAAAAGAAAAAAAAUAUAGGGUUAACACAUUUUGCAGUAAUGCCAUACCAAUAUCCUUUUAGUUAAUAUUUUUGUGUCAAAUAUGGUUAAUUUCCUGAUAUAAGGCACAGGAGAGUACUCAGAGCAAGUCUUCUCUGAUUAACUCAGUGUUUCCAACUUUUCAUGCCAAGUUCAGUUUGAUGGGCCUUUCUUACUCAGACUUUGCCUCAUCAGAUGUCUUACUCAGAAUUUUGGAGAAUGUUGUUGAUUUUGUAACAUAUUUCUCCAAACCCACCUUUUUUACUCGCUCGUCCUCAUCCUCCUCAUUCUCCUCUCCUUUUUCCUCCAGUAUCCACGGUCAGACUAAGGGCCAGUUCGACAGUCCAACACAGUCAUUGUCAGCGCCCACAACAGACUAUAUUUUCCACAAUGAUCCUUUAUUUCUACUCAAUACCAGAUAUUAAAGAGGUUUCCUGUGUGGCUUCCUAAAGUGUCCUCUUUCUUAUAUGAACGUCAAACACUGUAUAAGGAAUUUUCAUCGUAUUUUGUGUUUGGUUGUGGAGCGUACAAACUUGCUGUACUGGACUGUAAAACUGGCCCUAAGGAUGCCAAUCAGAGCAGCCCAGUUUGUCAGGUUGUUUCAAGUGUAUAUUAAACUUUAAGCUUCUCUUGUCUUCCACUCCCUUGCUGUGUUCAUCUGCAUCAUUAUUUAGUCAAUCUUUGCUAGCUUUUACUGUAGCUUAACUGUUCUCAUUGUAUGUUUGUGCCCAUGUGUAUGUAAGUGUAUAUUUGUAUGAGUGUAUGAAUGAUCUCUAGACAUAUCAGAAUUCCCCUUUGGUCUCCAUUCACAUUAGCAGCCUCCCAUUACCCCGAUAGAACCCGGGUUCGAUUCCCGGGCAGAGUGGAAAAAUUUGGGCAGCUUCUCCGAUGCCCUAUGCCCCUGUCCACCCAACAGUGAAUGGGUACCAGGUAUUAAUCGGGGGUUGUGUCCCAUCUCCUGGGAUCUGUUCCCUUCUCCUCUAAUUCCUUCCCCUUCUGUCUCUCUCCGACAUAUGACCACAGAUGUUGCGCCGACUAAACAAAACUUUCCAAACUUUCCCAUUACACAGGUUUGAAUUAUCUGCUAAGUAUGUCAACUUUACUUCUAUUUCUCCUUCACUUCAUAUUUUAGGGACUUAUUCAGUCAUCCCAUUAUUUUCCUUUGUUUUAUAAAGCCCAUUAUUAUGUAGUAUAGAUCAUGGAUUUCACUUAGACAUCACCUGGUCACUAUAAUUUUGCACUCUAUUAGGUGAGCUCCUUGAAAACUUCUGCAACCAUGUCCUUAGAUUCACCUCAGACUGUCUGUGCUUUGUGUGUCCUCUUUCUAGGCUGCUUUUGACUUGUUUGACUCGUGCCAAACCUAGAGGGAUAGUUAGUUCCAGUAUGAGGUAUGAUAUUGCUAAGGCAGAAAACAGCAUUGCUUCCCGCAUAAUGAUGUACUAGUAUGAGGUUUCAUGUGGACGGUGGUGUUGGAAGGAACCACCAGACAAAUAGAACAUCUCUUUAAACAGUAACACACACACACACACACACACACAGGAGAGAAGAAGAGAGAGAGGGGACCUAAUAGCAUUGUACAGGAUACAAGAGGGAUUGGAGAAAUUGGACAGGGAAGACCUAGUGAUACGUGACAGAAGUGUGACAAGAGGCAAUGGUAAAAAAUUAAAGAAGAGCGACUGUAGGAGAGACAUCAAGAAAUACAGUUUUCCAUACAGAAGCAUAACAACAUGGAACGGACUUGACGAGGAGACUGUGUGUGCAGAAAGGAUUCAUGAAUUUAAAGCCAAACUGGAUAAUAAGUGUUAUGGAGACGGGACAGCACGAGCCUAGUACGGCUCUUUUCCUGUAUUUCACAACUAGGUAAAUACACACACACACACACACACACACACAUGCAUACAUGCACCCCAUGGUUGUCCGGCACUGUUCUGACAAAUAUAUGAGCAAGUAGUGUCGGGAAUACGUAAUGGAUAUUUCUUUACCUCUUCCAGCAAGAGUCCUAGUAUAGUAAAAGGGGGCCUGGGCUGCUUAAUAAGUGGUCCUGUCUCCCCAAAAUGGGAAAGGGAAUUGUGUAACUGUUAAAGAAUGAACAUCUAGAAAGUAAACAUGGCCAAAUCUGUUGAUGUGCCGGGGUUACCAUUGUUUGGAAGUUCUAACAACUUAUCAAACCAAUACAUGAUAUGAUUGAGUAUUCACUAAAAGCAAAGUCCUGAAAGAGUGGUAAAGAGUGGAUAUAACUCCAUUUUAUAAAAGUUGAAGUUAACCCUUUCAAUACUGUGACGCAGACGUCUGUGUCACAGUAUGGAAAGGGUUAAGAGGAAAUGGAAAAGGAUUAAUCCUCUUCUAAGCCUCUUAAUCCUCUUCUAAACCUCUUAAUCCUUUUCCAUUUCCUCUUAAGAGGUUUAGAAGUGGAUUAACCCUUUCCAUACGGUGACGCUGAUGGUGACGUCGACGUCAGCGUCACCGAACUGAAAGGGUUAAAGAACUGUUAAAUUAUAGACCAGUAGCUAACUUUGACAAGCAUUGUAUGUAACAUCUUUGACAGACUAAUCAAGAAACAAUGGAUGGAAUGUUUAGAAAGAAAAUAAACAGUAACAGUGAGUGACAGUUUGGUUUUAGAAGGGGGUGAUCAUGUGUUACUAAUAUGGUAAGUUUCUACUCUAGAGUGAUGGAAAUAACACAAGAAAGCGAUGAAUGGGCAGACUGCAUAUAUCUGGACCUAAAAAAGCAUUUGAUGAAGUUCCACAUAAAAGAUUAUCAUGGAAACUCAAAGGCACUGGAGGUUUGAAGGCAAAUAAAAAAUGGAAGACUAUUUGGAACGAAGAGAAAUAAGAACAGUGGAAGAAAGCGACUAGUGGAGUGCCACAAGGUUCAGUACUUGUGCUGAUUGUUUCUAAUUUAUAUAAAUGACAUGCCAGAAGUGAACAGUUACAUGAGCCCGUUUGCAAGUGAUGCAAAAUUACUGAGGAAAAUAAAAAGCCACAAGGACUGUGAAGAGUUUCAGAAAGACAUUAACCCGGUAGCAGCAGGGAUCAUGUUCCUUAAUGGUCCCUCUAAGCGAGAAAAAUGAGAAAAAAUCACCCCUUACACAAACCAUUUCAUAAUAUAUAUCAAAGCAUUUGUGAUCAGAUUAUGUAUCAUCUAUUUUGGGGGGUUUAUAUCAUGGCACAAAUCUGGCCAGUCGCUUCUACACAGUAAAGCCACAAAUUUGGCCCGUUGCUGCUACCGGGUUAACUAGAUAUAUGAAUGGAGUAAAACAUGGGAAAUAAAAUUUAUUGAAAGAAAAUGCCAUGUCCUAGAAAAAAGGGAGAAAGACCUGGGAGUGGUGUUUCAGGAUAAUUUGUCACCAGAGAAUAUACUAUAUACAAUAUAAAUGGAGAUACAUACAAUAUGCUAAGGAAUAUAUUAAUUGCAUUUCACUACCUGGAUAAAGGUUGAUGAAAAAAUUAUAACCACAAUGAUUAGACCAAAACUGGAAUAUACAGAAGUUGUAUGGUUACCUCAAAAGAAGAAACAUGUGAAGAAGCAGGAAAAAAUAUUGGUACCAGAAUUGGGAGAUCUAACUUAACCCGGUAGCAGCGAUGGGCCAAAUUUGUGGCUUUAACAUGUAGCAGUGAUGGGCCAAAACAUUCAUGACUUUAACCUGGUGGCAGCGGGGAUCAUGUUACUUAAUGGUCCCUCUAAGCGAGAAAAAUGAGAAAAAAUCACCCCUCACACAAACCAUUUAAUAAUAUAUAUCAAAGCAUUUCUGAUCAGAUUAUGUAUCAUCUAUUUUGGGGGGUUUAUAUCAUGGCACAAAUUUGGCCUGUCGCUGCUACACGGUAAAGCCACAAAUUUGGCCCGUCACUGCUACCGGGUUAAAUCAAAGUUAGACAGAAACAGAUGUAAAUAAGACAACAAGAGCCUGGCUCAAAUCCUGUAUACUUCAGCUAAGUAUAUACACUGAGUUAAUGUUAGACAAUUUUAGCCAACCAACUUUGGAAGAAGAGGAGGAGGAAGGAGACAUGAUCAGGCUAUACAAAUACGAAUGUGACAGAAGCAAUCAUUAUAGAGAAAUAUAUAUAACCUGUGGGAAGAUAUGCAAUGGAGAGAGAAGGAAGGUUUACUGAAAUUAUUCAUGUAUCUAAACCAAGCAAUUAAUCACUGGGAUCUUUACCUGAUAAACUGCAGGUGUGAAAAGUAUAAUACACCAAUUUAAGGAUAUUUACGAUUAAACUGUUUUAGGGGAUAGGACAUAACAGGCUUGACUAAACUGUACAAAAUAUGAAUAGUUAAGGACACACACACACACACACACACACACACACACACACUGGAGAAAUUGGACAGGGAAGACCUAGUGGUACAUGAUAGAAGUGUGACAAGAGGCAAUGGUAAGAAAUUGAAGAGCAACUGUAGGAGAGACAUCAAGAAAUACAGUUUUCCAUACAGAAGCAUAACAACAUGGAACGGACUUGACGAGGAGACUGUGUGCAAAAACGAUUCAUGAAUUUAAAGCCAAACUGGAUAAUAAGCGUUAUGGAGACGGGACAGCAUGGGGCUAAUACGGCUCUUUUCCUGUAUUUCACAACUAGGUAAAUACACACACACACAGACACACACACACACACACACACACACACACACACACACACACACACACACAAGAAAGAGUCCCAUUAGCUAAGUGUGCACAAAGUUCCAAAGAUUAGCCAACAUUUAGUCUUGUAAUAAUUCAAAGGGGAUCAUCAGCAUUAAUCUCAGCCAUGUUAUAUACAGUAAGGUAAACAUACUGUCACGGUGUAUUAUCGAGUCUGCCAGUUAUGGUUUACCCAACGUUUUCUUACUGGGAUCAAAUGUUUUACUAUAGAGUCCUAUAUUUUCUUUUAAUUUGUACAUGAGAUUUGUGUUAUGUUUUGGUGACAUGAAGAUGAAAUGUGUCUGUAGAAACAUUUCAUCUUCCUGUUCCCAGACGUUGCCAUAAGGAUGACCUGAACAUUGUAGUAUAUUGUAGUAAAUUAUACUACAGCAUUUACUUUUGCAGUUACUGUAAACAAUAAUGAAUAAAUUGUGAACCUAAA